AUGAUUCCUCCCGAGUAUAAUCUCAGCGACCCUCGGAUCUACCGAGUCGAAACGGCAAAUCCAUUGAUUCUCGUUAGUUUUUUUUUAAUGAAAAAAAAAAUUAAUCAAAAAUGGAAAAUUGAAGGCGGGGCUGGUGAGCAAAUCGGUGCCUCAUUGGGUCCGAAGAUACGCGGCGAUUCGGCCUGACUAUGUCUUCCCAAAUACUUUGAUCGACGAUUUGAAGAGUGAGUUUGUUUGGAAGAACCUGGAAAUAUUAUUUUUUUGCAAAGGUAAAAUCCAGAAAAAAUAUCAUUGAAAAAGUAAAAUCGAUCAAGUUUUGGAGAUCAGUUUAAGCUUUUCUUCGAAGAAAACGGAAUUUUCAAUAAUUUUUUCUUUUGUGAAUUAUUUUUCACUGACUGUCUGCACUAAAAAUUCCACUAAACUGAUAUUUCGGAAAGUAAAGGAAUUUCCUGAGUUUUGAGCAAAACUUUCAUACGAAUUCAACUUAUAUCACCCAACAAAACUUUAAAAUCCGAUUUUCUUUGAUUUCUCUCUAGAGAAAACCACACCCCAUCACUAAAAAAUUAACCAGAUCCAAAAAAUAAGUCUAAAAUUCAACAAAAUGUUCCCAAACUUUAUGCAACCCAUGAAAAGUAACCUAAAACCAAAAAAAAAAAUUGAAUUUUGCCUCUUUUUCUCAAAAAGAAACCAUCACUUCAUCACUAAAAAUAAACCAGACCCAAAAAAAAAGAAAGAAAAUCGCAAAAAUCAACAAAUUUGCCGUCUUCAGCGAUCCGUUUGACCAACAAUGAAGUGUAUUCGGUGCUGGGAUUAGCCUUAUUCUUCACACUCCUCCGUUAUUACAUCCAGAUUAAGCUUCAGGUUCGUCUAGAGGGGAAAAAAUUAUCAAACAACUUUUAAAUUCAGACAUGGACCUCAACUCAUCAUAUUUAUCCUCGCUUCGCUCACAAGGUAAGUUUUGAAGUUUGUACUCGACUAAGGAGCUCCAGAGUGGUCCCUUUAGGGGCGAAAAUAUGGGCGUUUGUAGGUUCUACUCAAGAGACCAUCUCACCUUCCCCUAUAGGGGGCACUAAAGCUUGCAUAAGUGGUCACUAAAAGGGUUUUAGUUAAUGAUGACUUUGAGAUUGAAAAAAAUCACUUGAGCACGGGCUGAUAGAUCAAACUCUAAACCCCCAGAGGGACCACCCUAGGUUUCCUAAGGAUUAAUCAUACUUUUUUUUAAGCUUGAAAAUAGAUUAGUAAAUUCAAUAAAACUCAGAGAAGUAUUGGAAACAUUUGAAAAUCUUUUGUGAUGAAAUAUUGGUGAAUGAGAAAUCUUGAAUAAUCCCAAUUUCAGGUCCCAGAAUCGUUUUGGAAGCUGAUUUAUUACGGGUUUGCGUGGCUCCUGUUGCUCUACGUCCAUAUGUGUGUCGACUCGAUCAAUUCUUUCGAUGAUCCUCUUUCUAUGUGGAAAGGUGAGAAAAGUACCUAUUUCUUUACUUUCGUGAUAUAAAAUGAUCUAAACUCUGCAGCCAAAAUGCCAAAUUAGAAGUCUAGGUGUUCAUUAAGGACGAUAAAGUCUGUUCAGAUUCUGAAUGUCAAGUAGAGUGACGUCAUUCGAAAAAGCUCUUUGGUUGGCUCGCUCUCUGAAUGGCUUAUCGUGCUAUUAGGGGCGGAGCUUGAGCGAUGACUUGAAUUUCGAAAUCUGAACAGACUAUUCAACCUAAAAAUCGCUCCUGGUCAUUUUUUCUCCACUUUUUAGGAGAUUUCAGCCUUUCAUAACUCGAAUUUUUCAUUUUUUUUUUUCUGAAAUUCCUAAAAAAAAAACUUACUGGGAACGCAAGAGUGGUCACUAGAGCGGGAAACUCAGAGGCACUUGAAGGCUCCUCUUCAGGGACGACAUACCCUAGACCCUAUAGAGACCACCUGGAUUUUAGCCCUCUAGGGAGCAGUUUUUCAUCCGCUUCAGAGGCUUAUUUUUCCUCUAACCCCUUCAGUGAUCACUCUGGCGUUUCUGAGCACCUUCUUUGUGAAAUGAAAAAAGAAGAACCUUGUUAGCGUGGUCCGGCGGCAACCGUCCCGCAAUGCACCCGCUGAUGACGUUGAUCUACGCGACGCAGUCGGCCUUCUACGUGCAUUCCAUCUACGCGACGCUCUUCAUGGACCUCUGGCGGAAGGACAGCUGGCUCAUGUUCGUCCAUCACUUCAUCGCCUUGGCCCUGCUGCUGCUCAGCUACGUCGACAAGUCAGUUGAAGAUAGAUAACACCAAAGAGCACUACAUAAGCUUGAUAGCUCGUCGCCUCGGGCUGGAACUUGUGACCCUGUGAACCUUAGAGAUACACUCAACCUGUUGCGCUAAAACGCGUCUAUAAACUAAAUAGUUAUUCUGGACCCACUCCAAAAAUAACUGAUUUUUUUUUUGGUUUUUUCUGGCUCUCAGAUUCUCCGAUUCCAAGUUCAGCUUGAUAUAGCAGUUUUGUAAUAACAUAAAGUUUUAGAACUUCUUUACCGUAACCCUUUGAGCAACCGUAACUCAUUUUUUCGACGACCGGCUCCCAACUUUUUUUCCUGAACGAAAAGUUUCUGAACUUCUAUAAAUGUUUAGGUUAGAGAAGAAACUAUCAUGUCGACCUGUAGUUUUGGAUCUGUUCAUCACGAAUAGAGCCGUCUAACUUGUCUGCGCUCUCUUUUCUCUCGCGUCUCGUCGUAUCGCGUCGAGAGAAAAGAGUGCGCAGAGAAAUUGAGCUCACCUUCAAUAGAUAAUAAAAGCCAUUUUCAUCAUUAAAAUUUACAAAAAAAGUUUUUAAAAUUGAAAGAAAAAAAUAAAGAAGAGUAAUUUCAAUCAAAAAAAUAAAAAAACACUUUCAGCUUCACCCUCCCUGGCGCCCUACUUCUCUUCCUCCAUGAUAACUCGGACGCGACCUUGGAAAUCACAAAACUCUCAUUUUACCUCAAGAAACGGACCAAUGGAAUGUACUACAAGUACUACUUCUACAUGGGCAACGCCGCCUUCAUUCUUUUCGCCAUUAUUUGGUGAUUUUCUAGCUCAAAGUUUAAAAAAAGAUUAUUACGAAAAAAAUAGUGGAGAAAAAGUAAUUUCGAAUCUUCAGUAAAAAUGCGAAAAAAGUGUCCUGAGCCGAAAAAAAGGGAGUAAAAUGUGUUGAAAAAAUUUACGAUUUUUCCUGAAUUUAAAAUAAUUUUUUGAAAGUAAUCAAUUUUAGUUUCCAAUGAAAAAAAUGCCACAAAACCCGAUUGAUUUUUGUAUUUUUCCUGAAAAAAAUCCGUCCAUCGAGCACAUAUUCACAGGAGAAUAUGACCUAUGAAAAUCGGAUUUUUUUUUCAAAAAUUUCCUCAGCAAACUAAUUUUUUUCGCCUCUUUUCCAUUUCUUUUCUUCCAAUUUUUCAAAUUUCUAAUCUCUUCGAACUAAAACUAAACACGAAAACGAUUUCCAGGGUGAUUUUCCGGCUCUACUGGUACACUUGCAAGCUGCUCUACGCGACCUUCUACGGGGCCGUUUAUUUGGCUCCGCAAGACGCCAAAUUCUUCCCGCUUCUGGGCGUGAUGCUGUUCAUCAUCUACUUGAUGAAUCUCUACUGGUUCAACGUGCGUUUUCAUCCGCAAUUUAAGAAACUAAGAGGAGUAAAAACGAAAUUUUUACCCAUGUAUGAAGAUAGAAUUGGUCAUAGCAAAGCAUAUGGUUAAUUACUCUCAUUCUGGCCGGGUGUUCCAACGGGUUCACCCGUGUUUUUGAGGUUAUCUGAGACUCAGUUGUGCUAAGACUGGAGAAAAACGGGUAAGAGAGGAAAUAGGUGACCCAGCUGCAGUAAGAAGUGCCAAAAGUUCCACCAGCAAUACGGGUUCAGUACGGGCCCACCCGAUGAGAGCCCGUGUGAGAAUGGAAUCUCCUUGAAAGUACAUGUCAAAAUGAUUGCAGUUCAUUGCUCGGAUGGUUUGGCGCGUGGCUCUGACCGGAGAAGACCCGGAAGACAACCGGGAAUGGGACACGACGGCCGUCAGCGGCCUCAACCAACAGGCUCUCGACCAGAUCGCCGCCCAGACCAAGAAACAGAAGGACGUUUGA